AUGGCACACAAUCUCUCCGUCACCGGCCUCGCGGCCAAUUACUCGCAGAUUCCUGCGGCCUUUGAGUUCUACGACAGUCGAUUCUUGAACAUCACCGGCCUGGCACCCAAGCUCGAGGUGCUGCUGGAGAAUAUGACUUUCCGUUUGCGCACGAAGCGAGCCAACAUCUUCACCGAUCCCAUCACGAAUCAAUCGACCAUCAAGAUCUCCAAGGUCUCUCUGAGCGCUAACCCCGUCACCUCGGAAAUGAUCAACAGCACUAUCCCCCUACCCAACGGAGGCGUCAACCACGGCAACGGCAUCCUCUUCUGCGGCCAGGGAACCCUCAAUGAAUCCGGCGGUCUAUACCAAAUGUCCAUUGAGUCUCCGUACGAGGCCGAGCAAUUAGUCAGUGGCUUUUACGGUCGGGAAUUCAAUUCCCUGAAUGACGUGGUUGUCCACCGCGAUGGCUCCAUGUGGUUCACUGAUCCAAUCUACGGGUCCAAGCAGGGCAUUCGGCCCUCGCCGCAAUUGCCCAACCAGGUAUAUCGCUAUGAUCCUGCGACGGGGAAUGUGCGUGUCGUGGCGGAUGGAUUUGGCCGUCCGAAUGGAAUCAGCUUCUCUCCGGAUGAAAAGACGGUUUAUAUCACCGAUACGGCCUACACAGCUGGUGAUGGGACGACGGAUCCUACGAAGCCGUCCACGAUCUAUGCCUUCGACCUCACUACCCUCCACGGCGAGACUUUCUUGACUAACCGCCGCGUGUUUGCCAUGGCGGACACUGGUGUUCCCGAUGGAAUCAAAACCGACACGAACGGCAACGUCUAUGCCGGCUGUGGAGAUGGCAUCAAUGUCUGGUCACCCGGUGGGGUCCUGCUCGGCAAGAUCCUGAUCAAGAACGGGGCAGCCAACUUUUCCUUUGGUCGUAAUGGGUUGAUGUUUAUUAUGAACGAGAACAAGCUAUGGACUGCGCAGCUCAGCCCAUCGGUUCAGGGGGCGCUUUUGGCGGAAAUAGACAACUGAUAGGGUUUAUUCCUGGCACGGGAUAGCGGGGAGUUAGAUGACAUGAGAAUUCCAUCCUCCCUUCCAUCUUUGUCCAUCUU